AGGGUUCUUCAGCUCCAGCGAUGGAGUAGCGGGCGCUGCUGCGAUUCUCGCCGCUCCCGCCGCUGGGAUGGCUGCGGCCUCUCAAGCUCAUGUAGAAUCGGAGGCUACCAAGUUUUUGCAGAAGGUUGGGCAGGAUCUCAAGGAUGAGCCGCCGCGGCUGGCAUCUAAACUCUUCGCGAUCUGCCAGCAUAUGAAAAUGACUGGGAGGGAGCAAACUCUUCCAUUCCAAGUGAUAUCGAGAGCUCUCGAGAAGGUUUUGACAACGUAUAAUCUGGACCACAGCGUUUUGGGAUCAUCAUCUCGAGGUCCAUCAGCACCCGGUUCCAGCGGGUCUCAUGAAGCUGGGUUGAAGGAUGAUCAGCCGCGGCAGCUGGAAGAGAUGUCUCAUCCGUUUCUCGGACAUGAUGCUGGGCGACGCUUCUCUUCGGAUCAAACUGUUGGAGCAGGAGCGUUUCCAGAUGCUGGGACACCAAACUCGCAGCAAAAGCGAAAGCUGCCCGCUGAUGAAGCAGCGGGAAUUUCUUUCGCGGCCAAAGGACACGCUUUCAAAACACCACGGCUGGAUGACGCGACCGUCGUCAGCCCAGAGCACCACCUCUUACGAUUGAAACAGUUGCAAGCACAGCAGCAGCAGCAACAGCAGCAACAGCAGCAAGGCUUGGGAAGCUUGGACAUGUCAAAGGCAAUGUCCGCAGUGCGAAGAGCAAACUCUGGUGCUUCGCCGGAGUCUGGAAAGGCCGACUUGCAGUCUACAGGCUUUUCGGGAGGCGUUCCUACAGAAGGUGGCGAUGGCAUGUCAAGUCCACAGGGAAAUCGAGCAGGAGCAUUCAACUCGUAUUCGCCCAUACGUCCUUCGCAGGGAUCUUUCGGGCCUCUCGAUCCUCAGCAACAUAUUCACGAAGCUUUUGGCCUGCCUAGGCCCGGUGAGACCUUUCGACUGGGUAAAGCUGGAAGCUUGACACCACCACCGGAGCAAGUACACAUGCAGAAUACCGGAACCUUGCAAAGUCUGGAAACGCAGCUGCCUCCGAAAUCGUUUGUAAGUCCUGGAAAGGCUUACGUCUCUGGGCCAAAUGGAGGUCCAUUGGCUGUUGGGCCUUCGCCUUUCAGUGACUUUCAGCUGAAACAACUCAAGGCUCAGUGUCUCGUGUUUCUGUCAUUCAGGAACAAAACCGUACCAAAGAAGUCGCAGCUUGUGCUAGCACUGCAAUCUCAACAGGAAAUGCUGAAUGCUGAAGCAGCUAAUGCAGGGCCAUCAACAAUCCAACCGCAAAAGCCUGCAGAUCCUCCUGUUGAGUCCUCUGAGGCUGCUGAGCAGGACUCUAGUGCUGAAGCAGAAAGAGACUCGGAAUCCGGAAGCCUUCCAAGCGCCAAAACUCCGGCUGUUGCCGUCCCUCCUCAAAAUGCAAACAAGGAAGCCGAGUCCGUGAAGAAGCCCAAGGUGAAAAAGAAAUAUCCACCUAUAGAUCCUAAUUUGACACCGGAGGAGAGGAAGGUGCUAAUCAACACGCGGAGGAAAGAAGCCAGGGCGGAGGCCAUGGCCGCCCGAAAGGCGUCAAGAGCCGCGGCUAGCGCUCAGGCGGCAGUAGCGGAGGAGAGUCCCGAUACGUCCGCUCAGGAAGUGGACACUCCUGAAGCUAAGCGAUCAAAGGUUGACACGCAGGUGGAUCAGGUGCCUCGGGAGAAAGAACCGGUUGUCUACGAGAGUCUCAAAAAAGACAUACCAAGGCAGUUUCAGAGUCCAAGUCCAAGUCGGCUAAAAGCUGUGACCAGUACUCCUGAAAAUACUACUGCAGCUGCAACUGUCAUGGAGCAUGAAGAAACGAGGAUGGCAGCCUCGUCUAUCCAACCUUCAACAAUCGCCAAAGAGACGUCAAACUACGUUACUUUACCGAAUGGAGAUCUCAUUCCCAAGAACUACCUGAUAACUUUGCCAAACGGCGAGCGCGUGGAACUUCAAAGGCUAUUGGAGUCGGCGAAAUCCUUUCAGACGUCCCAAACAAACUCGGGCCAAGCCGCAGUUUUAAGUUCGCUCACCAGAGAGAAAGCGCAAGAUCCAGCUUUUGAUGGUGGAACAUCUUCUCCAGCUUUCAAGCUUCAGGACCCGGGACUGCAGCAGGCAAGUCAAGGACAGUUGCAGAGACAUAUAUCAGCUCAAUUGCAAGGACACAUAUCAUCACAGUUGCAAGGACACACCUCGUCACAGUUGCAAGGACAUAUAGUAGCGCAAGCGCAAGGACACAUGCAGACGCAAGUGCAAGCACAGGUCCAAGCGCAGUUGCAACCUCCGGUUCAACCGCAGUUGCAAGUUCCAAUUCAAACGCAGGUGCAAGCUCCGACUCAAGCACCGUUCCCAGGGCCUGUUCAAACGCAAGUCCAACCUCAGAUUCAACCACAGGCGCAAGCGCCGAUUCAGGCACAGAUGCAAGCACCGGGGCAAGGACAGAUGCAGCUCUUAAACAAUGGCGUGACAGAAGUUACAACUUCCCGACCAGCAACGGCUGAGCAGGCUGAAGACUUGUUACCGGGAGAGACUCCUGUUUAUUCUAGCAAGCCACAGUACAGCACCAUCGAUAAGUGGUCAAUAGACGAACGGAGAAAGAAGUUUAUGGCGGAUCAAGUGUGGGUACAGAAGCAGAGGAAAACUGAAGAGAACAUCGGAACACGUUUUAAUGAGCUUAAGGCAAUUGUAAGCUCGUCCGAUGACUCGUCAUCCAAAACAAAAAGUGUUAUUGAGCUCAAGAAGCUUCAACUUCUUCAACUUCAGCGGAAAUUGCGAAGGGAAGUUUUACACGAUUUUUUCAAAGCUAUUGCCCCAGAAAUGGCUCAGUUGCGAGGUAUGAAGAAGAAUCGUCCCUUGAGGCGUCUCAAACAGUUGGAACGCUUGGAGCAAAAGCAAAGAGAGGAGAGAUCUCGACGAAUUAAAGAUAGGCAAAGAGAGUUUUUCAAGGACAUUGAACUUCAACGAGACAAGCUGGAGGACUGGAACAAGGCAAAGAGAGAGCGCUGGAAAAGCUUUAACCGCUAUGUGCGGGAUACUCAUAAGAGGAAGGAUAAAGUCCAUCGGGAGAAGCUUGAUAAAAUACAGCGUGAGAAGAUUAACCUUUUGAAGAACAAUGACGUGGAAGGCUAUCUUCGAAUGAUAAAGGAUGCAAAAUCUGAUCGAGUUGAACAACUGUUACGAGAAACCGAGUCUUAUCUAGAAAAGCUUGGAACAAAACUCCAGGAGCAAAAGAAAGAGAUCGGCAGAUCGGACAGCGACCUUUUCAAUCAGUUCUCUGUCAUGACUAAGAAAGAACAGUCGUACGACCAAGCUGAGCACUAUCUGGAAAGCAACGAAAAGUAUUACUUACUCGCUCAUAGCGUGAAAGAAAGCAUUCCGUCCCAGCCUGCGAGCCUCCAUGGUGGCACACUUCGAGAAUAUCAAAUGAAUGGGUUGCGAUGGCUGGUAUCACUGUAUAACAAUCAUUUGAACGGUAUGCUUGCGGACGAGAUGGGUUUAGGAAAAACAGUUCAGGUGAUUGCUUUGAUAUGCUAUUUGAUCGAGGCCAAACAUGAUCGAGGUCCUUUCCUAGUCGUUGUACCUUCAUCGGUGUUACCAAAUUGGAUGUCAGAAAUUACUCGAUGGGCUCCCAAUGUUAUAAAACUUUCAUAUACUGGUACUCCUGAUGAGCGACGUCGGCUGUUCAAGGAACAUAUUGUCCAGCAACAAUUCAAUAUUCUUGUGACAACAUAUGAGUAUUUGAUGAAUAAGAACGAUAGACCAAAAUUGAGUAAGAUACGUUGGCAUUACAUUAUAAUUGACGAAGGUCAUCGGAUAAAAAAUGCAUCUUGCAAACUGAAUGCUGAACUGAAGCAUUAUCAGAGCAACAAUAGGCUUUUGCUGACUGGCACACCUAUUCAGAACAAUCUCGACGAGUUAUGGGCGCUGCUUAAUUUUCUACUUCCCAGCAUCUUUAACUCUUCGGAAGACUUCGCGCAGUGGUUCAAUAAGCCAUUUGAAAGUGUUGCAGACAACGGAGACACUGAGGCGCUGCUGACGGAGGAAGAAAACCUGCUUAUUAUCAACCGCUUACAUCAAGUGCUGCGUCCAUUUGUAUUGCGAAGAUUGAAACAUAAGGUUGAGUAUGAACUUCCCGAAAAGAUUGAACGCUUGGUUCGCUGCGAGGCUUCUGCUUAUCAGAGGCUCCUGAUGAAACGUGUAAAAGAAAAAAUGGGAGGAAUUGGUCAUGCAAAGGUACGAUCAGUGCAAAACACGGUAAUGGAACUUCGAAACAUAUGUAAUCAUCCUUACCUUAGCCAUGUCCAUACGGAAGAGGCCGAAAGCUUGUUACCUUCUCAUUAUCUUCCUACUGUUAUUCGUCUUUGCGGGAAGCUGGAGAUGCUUGACAGAAUUCUUCCGAAACUAAAAAAAUCGAACCACAGGGUGCUUCUUUUUUCUACCAUGACGAGACUGCUUAACGUUCUCGAAGAUUACCUUACAUGGAAGGGUUAUAAGUACUUACGGCUUGAUGGUCAUACUAUGGGAAGUGAACGUGGAUCACUUAUCGACAGAUUUAAUGCACCUGACUCUGAUGCGUUCUUGUUCCUUUUGAGUAUCCGAGCAGGCGGCAUAGGCGUGAACUUGCAGGCUGCUGACACUGUUAUUAUAUUUGAUACUGACUGGAAUCCACAAGUGGACCUUCAAGCUCAAGCAAGGGCUCACCGAAUCGGCCAAAAGCGUGAUGUUCUAGUUCUGCGCCUUGAAACGGUGAACACAAUUGAAGAGCAAGUAAGGGCGUCUGCAGAACACAAGCUUGGUGUCGCCAAUCAAAGCAUUACUGCAGGAUUCUUUGAUAACAAUACCAGUGCUGAAGACAGGAGAGAAUACCUGGAAUCUCUUCUAAGGGAGUCCAAAAAGGAAGAAGUCGCUGCAGUUCCGGACGACGAUGCUCUGAAUUAUCUUUUGGCACGCAGCGACGAUGAAAUCGACGUUUUUGAAUCUGUCGAUCGAGAAAGACGUGCCGAAGAAGAAAUCAUAUGGCGAACAAUGAACAAUUGCGAAGAUGGCGAUGAGCAUCCAGAAAUGCCUCCACGUUUGCUCGGAGAAUCAGAGUUGAAGCCUGUUAUGUCGAUUAUUCACAAGGCUGAUGCAAAAAGAAAAAAGACAGCUAGCUCGUUGGAUACUCAGCACUAUGGCAGAGGAAAGCGGACUCGCGAGAUACGUUCGUAUGGAGAUCAAUUAAGUGAGCAGGAGUUCGAACAGUUGUGCAGAGCGGAGUCGCCAGAACACGAGAAAAAACCAGAAGUUGUUGUAGGCACCAGGCCUCGCAGAAAAGGCAAAGCCAGUGUCAGCGCAGAUGAUGAGAAAGAUGUGACAUACGUUGAAGAAGUAGAGGUAGUAGAGGAACCACCAGUUAAAAGAGGUCGUGGUAGACCAAGAAAAAAUCCAGAAGCAGUUCAGCCACCACGAGGCAAGGCGCAUGCAGCAGCUGAGAAAGAAGAGCCUAUAAACCUGGACACUCUUAAGUUGAGAACGGACACUUCACAAGCACCAGAGACAACCUUUAAGCGUUUAAAGAAAGCUGUACAAGGAGAAGCGAAGAAAACUGAAACAGAAACCAAAUCAGAACUAAAGAAAAGGAAAGUUUCACCCAUGGUCGAAGAGAAAGAAGAUGAUGAAGAAACUACGACAGAUGCUAAAGCACGGUCUGAAACUGGUAGCAAAACGUUCGCCAUUUUACGAGCAGCUGAUGAUGUCAAAGUAGCGCGGACUGGGAUAGAAAUUAUCACUCCGGCAGUGAAGGUUGCUGGAACUGAAGAUCUCACCAAGAGGCAGAAAAGUGAACUUGAUGACAAGUCUGCGAAUGCAUCAAGCCCCGACAGUGAACCUGAAGAACCAGAUUCUUCAAAGUCUGACAAAGAAACGGACAACAUCGCACGCGAUGAAAUUCGUACUACAGCUGGUGAGAUCGUCGAAAGUAUUGAUGCUGCGCCAACUUUACAGAACAACGAUAGCGCGAUCAGUAGGUUUCUGGAAUGUGACACAGAAACGCAGAAGCCUCAGGGUGGUGAAGUUGCUGGUUGCGAGCAAGGCGUCACAAAAAAUGACAGUGCUGAGAUUCUCAGAGAGAAUUUACCAUCGGAAUCUAUGGAUGAGCAACCGAAAGACUCUGUCCCUGAAAUCCAAAACGUCACUGGCAAAGAAAACGAAAUAGUAUGUGCGACUGGCGUUGCGGAUCAUGCAAACGAAGACCCUGGAACCGGUGAUGGAAGUGCUGGAAGCGAUUCUGGGGAUAAUUCUGCUCUUGACGUUUCAAAGGCUAUGGAAGACAAAUCUUCUAGUGUCGCAAGCCAUUCCGGAGAGUCUGGGCAUGGUCCUGAUGCUGACGACAAACUUCCUGACGCCUCGGAGGGUGUUUCAGAUAGUAAGCAUUUUGCUGCUAGUGCGGACGCUGAGCAGGUCGAUAGUGAAACGGAUAGGAAUAUCCAGGAUGGGAUUGAUAUGGGCACGACCAUUUCCCAAGAAAAGUCUCGAAGUCCAGGAGUUGCCGUUGACAAGAAAGGUGAACCACCUUCACUUAGCGAUAAACUUCCGUCCGAAAACGUCGAAUCAGAAGACCGUGAAGCUGAGCACAUGCAUGGAGAUCUGGCUACUGGAUUAACUCUUGAAGGGAGUGAUGAACCUGUGGGCAUUUUAAGCUCAAACAAUGAACCACCUUCACCCAGCGAUAAACUUGAGAGCGCACUAUUUCCUGCUGCCGCAGAAUGCAAGGAACCCGAAUCGGACGAGCUUGAACCAGAGCACAAUCUCCAAAUGCAUGAAGAGUUGGAUAGGGGAUUGACUCUUGAAGAGGGUGGUGUUACUGAACCAGCUUUCUCCAGCGAUAAACUUGACAGCAAGAAAACUGAUUCAGACGAGCGUAAAGCCGAGAACUAUGAGGACCAGCUGCAAACGCAUGCAGAUGUCGAUAAUGGAUUGGCUAUUGAAGCGAGUGAUGAUGUCGGUGUUUUACGCGUAAAAAUGGAAACUCCAGCUACCCAAGACGAUAGCUCUGAGACUUUUCCUGCACACGAGAAGGAAAUUGAUCCCCAAAAGGAAAAUGAAGGGAAUUAUUUCCCGCGGCUUGAUACUCCUGAAAUAUGUCUCGAACGUAAUGAUACGGGCAGCGCUAAACUUCAGACUUUGCAUUCGACUUCGACAUUUAUUACGGCAGAAUCGACAGAGGUUGGAAAGGUCGCCUUAUCAACGGAAGGUAUUAUCAAGAUGCUACCCGAUAACUCUUUACCAAUUGAAAUUCAAUCCCCAACACGUUUUACGGACACUGAAAUAUCCGAGAACCAUGGGAAUGAAAGGGCUACUGAUGUACUUCAAGCUGACAAAGACAUGGAAAAGGAGAAUGUCCCUGAACCGGCAAGUUAUGAAAUUGGCUCUAGGCUGGAUGAUGGCAGUAGACGUUGUCUUUUUCUGCGUGAGGUCAAGGCUGAGGAAACUUCUACACCCGAAGGAUCUGACAAAAAUGGUGACGACAGGAUUCCUGAGAAUGAACAGGCAGGCAAAAGUUUACAUGCAUCGCCUCUUGUUGAUGGAUCAGGAGACGUCGAAAUGGCCGAUGCUCGUGGUGAAGAUGUAGCAGAUGCUAAUGUGGAGGAAGGAAAUGCUGAACGUGUCAUUAUGGAGGACGCAGAAAUCAAUCUUCUCGAUUCUCCCUCAAGCUUUAAACCUGAAGUUGCAGCUGGAGCUGAUCUUGACGAAGUUGAAGGCCCAAAGGCAGGACAAGAUGACGGAAAAUCGAGUGAUGACGUCGAAGGCUUGACGGCAGAAAGAGCUGACGGAGUAACUGAAGGCUCACAACAGGAAAGAGCUGGUGGAGUGAAAUCAAGAACUGAUUCAGAUGAGGUUGAAGGCUCGAAGACGGAAAGAGUUGACGGCGUGGAAUGGGACAUCGGCACUGGUGUCAAACACACUGGUGAGGACGCGGAAACGAUCUUUGGGAUUAUCAAAGCUCCAGAGAACGAUUUUUCUUGUAGGAUUUCGGUAGACAAGGCUGGCCCAGAUAGUACUGAAGAGUGUUCUCCCAAAGAGACGCUUACGGCUAAGGCAGUUGCGGAACCGAAUGAAAAGCCAAAUAAUACUUCUUCGGCCAGUAAAUCUCACAUUGGCCACGAGGAUGAAGCAUUUUUGUACGCUAUCAAUGAUAGUGAAAUUGGCAAGGACAAGUCACCAGAAGUACCCGUCGAACCUGACGAAAACACGACUGUUGAUAGUAAAGAUCGUUUGGAAGACAAUCCGGAUGUGGUCUUAGAGGAUGCGACUACUCUGACGCCUCAUGAAACCCCGGCUAGUGAGCACAUGAAAUCACCUCCAUGCGACGCCGAAUGUGAGGGGCUUAGUUUGACGGAGCCUGAGAAUGAAGUUGGUAAAGCCAUCGAGAAAACCAACGAAAUGGACGAAGAUGAUUUGGUUGACAGUGGUAUGUUGACCGUCGGAACUGCUGAAGUAACUAUUCAAGCCACGGAAUCGAGCACCGUCGAAGGAACAAAUGAACAAGUGACUGAAAUUGUCACUGUCGUUAAGACUGCAGAAGAUACUGCCGUCGAAAUGGAAGUUCAAACCUUGGAGCAUGCAACCGUUGAUAUUCAAACGACAGAGGUUUCACCUGAAGCCUCGGAAGCUCAAAACAAUCAAACGGACGUCAUUCUUGAAGUGGUGACAGCGCCUCGCUUAACAGAAGUGGCUUCUGGUUCUUCUGAAAGGUUUCUUUCUCCUCCUCCUGAAGUAUCAGAUAUUCCAGCACCGCAUGCAGAAGGCACAGAAGAGACUACAGCAGUCAUUGCCGUCAAAAAGGAAAUUGAAACCAUGGAGCAUACUACCAUUGAUAUUCAAACAACAGAGGUUUCACCUGAAGCCUCGGAAGCUGAAAACAAUCAAACGGAGGUCAUUCAUGAAGUGGUGACAGCGUCUCACGUAAUAGAAGUGGCUUCUGGUUCUGAAAGGUUUCUUUCUCAUCCUGAAGUAUCAGAUACUCCAGCACCACAUGCAGAAGGCGCAGAAGAGACUACAGAAGUUACUGCCUUCGAAAUGGAAGUUGAAACCAUGGAGCAUGCUACCGUUGAUAUUCAAACAACAGAGGUUUUACCAGAACCUGAAUACAAUCAAAUAGAGGUCAUUCGUGAAGUGGUUCACAUAACAGAAGUGGCUUCUGGUUCUUCUGAAAGGUUUCUUUCUCCUCCUGAAGUAUCAGAUACUCCAGCACCACAUGCAGAAGGCACAGAAGAGACUACAGAAGUUACUGCCUCCGAAAUGGAAGGUGAAACCAUGGAGCAUGCUACCGUUGAUAUUCAAACAAUAGUGGUUUUACCAGAAGUUGAAAACAAUCAAACGGAGGUCAUUCGUGAAGUGGUGACAGCGCCUCACAUAACAGAAGUGGCUUCUGGUUCUUCUGAAAGGUUUCUUUCUCAUCCUGAAGUAUCAGAUACUCCAGCACCACAUGCAGAAGGCACAGAAGAGACUACAAAAGUUACUGCCCUCGAAAUGGAAGUUGAAACCAUGGAGCAUGCUACCGUUGAUAUUCAAACAAUAGUGGUUUUACCAGAAGCUGAACACAAUCACACGGAAGUCAUUCGUGAAGUGGUUCACAUAACAGAAGUGGCUUCUGGUUUUUCUGAAAGGUUUCUUUCUCCUCGUGAAGUAUUAGAUACUCCAGCACCACAUGCAGAAGGCACAAAACAGACUACAGAAGUUACUGCUGUCGAAAAGGAAGCUGAAACCAUGGAGCAUGCUACCGUUGAUAUUCAAACAACAGAGGUUUUACCAGAACCUGAAAACAAUCAAACGGAUGAAGUGGUUCACAUGACAGAAGUGGCUUCUGGUUUUUCUGAAAGGUUUCUUUCUCCUCCUGAAGUAUCAGAUACUCCAGCACCACAUGCAGAAGGCACAGAAGAGACUACAGAAGUUACUGCCUCCGAAAUGGAAGUUGAAACCAUGGAACAUGCUACCGUUGAUAUUCAAACAACAGUGGUUUUACCAGAAGCUGAAAACAAUCAAACGGAGGUCAUUCGUGAAGUGGUGACAGCGCCUCACAUAACAGAAGUGGCUUCUGGUUCUUCUGAAAGGUUUCUUUCUCUUCCUGAAGUAUUAGAUACUCCAGCACCACAUGCAGAAGGCACAAAACAGACUACAGAAGUUACUGCCGUCGAAAAGGAAGUUGAAACCAUGGAGCAUGCUACCGUUGAUAUUCAAACAGAAGUUUCACCUGAAGCCUCAGAAGCUGAAAACAAUCAAACGGAAGUAGUGACAGCAUCUCACAUAACAGAAGUGGCUUCUAGUUCUGAUGAAAGGUACCCUGAAGUAUCAGAUACUCCAAUUGUCCAUAUCACUCCCACUGAAACCUCGGAGAGCGAGGCUGGUCCUCAGGAUGAGAUCGCUGAAAGCAAUGCAGGGUGCUUUGAAACUAGUCAUCAUGAGUCUCCAACACGCACCGAAAGUCUGGAACAAGGUGUCGAUACCGAGGAUAGAUCGAAGGGUGGGGGUUCAAAGAGUGAUGCUGGGGGAAAGGAAGCUGGCCAUGGUGAAGCUACAGAGAUUGUUUUCCAGGAAGUGAAAUCUCCCAGGACGGACACCGCUUCACUGGAAGGAUCAAGUCCCACAGCCUGCAAACGUACGGAAAGUCUGGAACAAGGUGUUGAUGCCGAGGACAGUGGUGAAGGGAAUAGUAGUGGGAUCUCUUAGGACGGACACAAUUUCACUGGAAGGAUCAAGUCCCACAGCCUGCAAGCUUGCCGAAAGUCUAGAACAAGGUGACCAUAAGGAGGACCGAGGGGAUAAGGAAGCUGGGGUUGUUUACCUGAAUCCUUGGACGUCGUGGAGGCUGCUCCACCACAAAGUAUAGGUGGAAUGGACGAAGCUGGCAGUCCAGUAGGCGGUGGAAUUGGGAGCACAGGGGAGAGAAACAUAGAAGAGAGCUCAAGGGACCAAGUUGAGAAGACUGAAACAGUACCAAAGGAGCAAUGAGAUUACUAUGUAUAUAGUUCUGUUCUAACAUUCCAUAAAGAUUUCUCUUCAGUAUUAUUACA